AAAGCAAAAAACCUGGCCAUAAUCGAAACAGUCUGCAAAGGAUUCUAGGCGCUAACGGUUCUUCAAACAACACUCGCAAAUCGUAAUCGUCGCGUGCGUUCAAAGUUUUUGGAAAGUUUUUGAAAUCGAAAAACGCUAUUAAAAACAAAGUGAAUAAACACUUUUGGAGAAAAACAAAAUCCAAAAGUCAUCUAAAUUUGAAAAAAUAAUCAACUAGCAUCCAAACCAGCAACUCGUAUAGAAAUGGAUUCCGCCGCCGCUGCCGCCGCCGCCAAGCGCGUUCAGAUCGAGAAGGCCCACAACUUCAUGCGCCAAUAUCGCGAUCCGGAGUCGCGGGAGCUCAAGAAGCUGUCCGCCAACCAGUUCAUGGAUGUCUGGGCCCACUACGACAAGGAUGGAAAUGGCUACAUUGAAGGCACCGAGCUGGAUGGCUUUCUGCGGGAGUUCGUGUCGAGUGCCAAUGCCACGGACAUUAAUCCAGAGGCUGUCACUGACACCAUGCUCGAGGAACUCAAGUCCUGCUUUAUGGAGGCCUACGAUGACAAUCAGGAUGGUAAAAUCGAUAUCCGAGAGCUCGCUCAACUUUUGCCGAUGGAGGAGAAUUUCCUUUUGCUCUUCCGCUUCGAUAACCCACUGGAGUCCAGUGUUGAAUUCAUGAAGAUCUGGCGGGAAUAUGACACUGAUAAUUCGGGUUAUAUUGAGGCGGAUGAGCUCAAGAAUUUCUUGCGCGAUUUACUCAAAGAGGCCAAAAAGAUCAAUGAUGUGUCCGAGGACAAGCUAAUUGAAUACACUGAUACCAUGCUUCAAGUAUUCGAUGCCAACAAGGACGGUCGUUUGCAGCUGUCGGAAAUGGCCAAAUUACUUCCGGUUAAGGAGAACUUCCUCUGCCGCCAGGUGUUUAAGGAGGGCAUUGAUGGCGCUACCAAGCUAACCAAGGAGGAUAUUGAAAAGGUCUUUUCGCUCUACGAUCGGGACAACAGUGGCACCAUUGAGAAUGAAGAGCUCAAGGGCUUCCUCAAGGAUCUCCUAGAGCUGGUCAAGAAGGAUGACUACGAUGCCCAGGAUCUGGCAGCCUUCGAGGAGACCAUUAUGCGGGGAGUGGGACACGACAAGCACGGCAAGAUCUCGCGCAAGGAGCUCACCAUGAUUCUGCUGACACUGGCCAAAAUGUCGCCAGAUGAGGAGUAAGCUCGUUCAGGGCCCAACAUCCCAGCAAACAUCCCAAUAAGAUUUUAGCAGACUCUAUUUUUGUCACCCGAUCGAGGGGAAAAACACAAAAGAAGAAGGCCAUCGAGGGCCUUGAGGCAAUUGUUUACUUUAGAACUGCAUCCGAAGAGGGCAGUAAAGAAAAAGAUUUUGGAAUCAAGGGACAGGAGAUCCUGAGAGACAAGGGAUCCUGUCCGAAAACAAAGCUAUUGGUAAAA